AUGUCGCGCUCCUUCCUCGUCGACACCUUGAUCAGCGACUCAUCCAAGGACUGCAAGAAGACAGACAUGUCUUCUGACCCACUACAACCUUACGCUACUUUCUUAGCUCAACCCAAAUUUAUGCCGUACCCUUACCCGGGCAAUUUGAACAAUUUGCUAAGCCUCGGCCUGCAGCAACAGAAUCGAACGCCCGAUCUGUUCAGACCUUUCUUGGAGCAUCUCAACUUCCGAUAUCCACUAUUGCACCAGCUACCUCCGCAUCGCGAGAUCUACGAGCAGCCUCAGAGUGAGGCGCCGCCGCCGGACACCUACAGGAAGACUGACGUUCAGGAACCGAUUAACUUUGUGAGCAGAAGAAAAAAAUCAGUGUCACCUUACUUACACCACCCGUACAAAUCCACCGCGCUCUCGCCCUCCAAGAGUCAAGGUCAGCUAUCGCCGUCGCUGUCGAGCGACAGCCGCAACGGCACGCCUAGCCCGCCGCUCGCUCACCCCGAAGAACUCCUGCCGGGAUACUCUAAAGACUUGAAGCGGCUCCCGCUCAAGGAGGAUUCCAGCAAGCGGAUCAGAACCGCUUUCACCGGUACCCAGCUGCUAGAAUUGGAGAGAGAAUUCUCGAUGAACAUGUAUCUGUCGAGACUGAGACGUAUCGAGAUCGCUUCGAGGCUGAAGCUCUCCGAGAAACAAGUGAAAAUUUGGUUCCAAAACCGUCGAGUGAAGUUGAAGAAGGAAGAGAGCCCGGUGACCAGCGCCGACGGCAGGACCAACAAGUGCUGCUGCACCAAGGCCUCGUGCAGCUCCAAGAGUUCGGACGCGGGCUGCGACAACGACAGCGAGCACAUAGACGUCGUUAGUGAUAAUGAUAGUUACGAAGUUCAAAAUCUUUCGCGGUACUCUUGA